UCUAGACGAAGCCCGAGAAAUAGCACACGAUAUUUUGCAAUUGAUCCUGUGCUUCUUCGGCACAAUUUAAAUCCGCUCAAAUAAGUUUUCCUCUUUUUCAUGCGCACAAAGUGAUUCUGAACUCUCUGUUGUAGUUCUUUAUAUGCAAGCCUAGCUGAAUCUAAUUUUCAUACCAAUCAGUUGGCAUAUACACUUCCAAUCUCUAAUAAACGACUGCGCCCUGUUUUCUUCGUCACACAUGGCCACACCAGUAGUAGUCUUUAACGAAUCGACGUCAAUUAACAGUAACCGAAAGACAUUAUUGUCCAGUACUGAUUAUGCACUUAAAGUAAUUUUCAAUCAAUUCGAACGAAUCGCUGAUGCUAAAAUGGCCAUCAUCCUAAGCAUGGGGAUAGAUGCUGACGUUGACUUGAGACGAAUAUUAGGUCAAGGGGUCGAUGACAACUUUGACAGAAUGAUUUACUCUCUGUCUUCUUUAGCUGCAACACAACAGAGUGCAGUUAUUGAUGCAGUUAUGACCUGGAGAAAAUCGAAAAUUGAGCCAUUGGAUCCUAUUGUUAUAAAGAGAGUAAGGUAAAAGCUAAGAGAUGUUUCUAUCCAUUUCAAUAAAUCAUAUACAAAAAUUGACUAAG